ACACCGGACAGCUGCGCAACGACAGCUAGCGAGAGAAAUCUUCAGUUUCCCUCAUUCCGGCAACGACGACGUUUCUCACCCCAAUCGGCCAUUCGACGUUGACUUACCACCAUUUCUGGCUUGUGGCUAAGAACCGUUGUCCAGCUGUUCUGCAGUGAAGUAAAUAAUGGAGCCAGGAAGGGGAAAGAAGAGAAAGAAGAGCGUCGAAGAAAAAGAAGAAAGCCACUGCCCAUAUGUUCCAGAGGAGAUUGUUGUUCUCAUACUCCCAAGACUACCAGUUAAGUCUCUUCUGCGGUUUAGGUGUGUUUCCAAAUCUUGGCAUUCUUUAAUAUCAGAUCCCAAAUUCAAGCUUUCCACUGGAAGGCAGCAAGUUAUUGUCAUGUCUAGACGGGGACCCACACGGACUGUGAAUCAAUGGAGGUUUUCCAUCCACUUGGUAGAUGGUGAAGGUUCAGUGAAUGAGCUUCAUAUACCUAAGCCAUUGACAAAGGGUGAACCAAGAUUAAGGGGUUCGUGCAAUGGGAUGUUGCUUGUAAGUUCUGGCAAGAACUUGUUCUUGUGGAAUUCAUUGACUAGAUGCUGCAACAUAGUACGUUCGCCUUAUCGCUUGAGUGAUUAUGAGUAUGACGGAUUAAUUAUUUCUGGACUUUGUUAUGACUCCUUCACUGAUGAUUACAAGAUAAUAAUGGCAUCCAUGAGUGAUGCCUUCGUCAUGGUUGGAAGCUUUAGAAACAAAACUUGGAAAGAGAUUCGCUUCCCUUACAAGAAGGAAAAUUUGAAGUCAGGACCUACAGUAAACGAUUGUGUCCAUUGGUUGGUUGGUAGCAAAGAAGAUCCGGGCUCACAAAUCAAGCCCUAUUUGAUAGUUUCCUUUGAUCCACAAACGAAUGAGUUUGUAAAGGUGCCAAUGCCACAAGGCCCGCAACAUGAGCGUUUUGAAAGUAGUAUUGUAUGUGGUUUCGGAGUUUUAGAUGGAUGUCUUUCUUUGACUUUGUCCACCGACCAUCAAGGGAGGAAUAAAGUACGAGAUGUUGAGGUGUUGGCAAUGGCAAAAUAUGGUGACAAGGCAUCAUGGACAAGUUUGUUUGUCAUAUCUGACUUGACCAUGUUUGAUCCAAUUAACACUUUGGCGGUGCUAUUGGGUUCUACAACAAAUGGGGAGGUGCUAAUCCACAUGUAUUCGACAUCACAAUGGGAAAUGCAAAGGCUGUGGCAUGAGGGAUGGAGAAGAAGGCAGUGGGAAGGGGGAUGGAGAAUUUUGGCAUACAAUCCCGAUCGUAAAGCAUAUAGGGAUUUUCCAAUCUCAAAUCAUAGAGGUCAAAUCUAUGGCAGUACUAUGUUUGUUCAAUGUCUACUUUCUCCCCAAGCUACAGUUAGGGAGAUGAAGUGUACACCAGAAAUUAUUGUUUUGGAGUGAUGCUGAAGUUGGUGCACUAGCUAGCUAUGUGUUUAAGUUAUUAAUUCCGCUAAGAAAUACGGCUAUUCUUUUGCUAAUCCUCGUUCGGUUUUAUGAUUGUUAAUGCAAGUUUGGGUACCUUUCAU